UUCUUCAUUUUUUUUUAAUUCUUUUAUCUGAUUUUUCUUCAAAUAGGUUAGUGCCAAGUGCUUUAUCUUGAAGCUCACCAAUUCUGCGUUUCAAUUGCUGAAUUCUGCUCCUCUGACUUUCUAUUGAGUUGUGUAAUUCUGUAAUUUUAUUGUUAAUCUUCUGAAUUUCUGAUUGCUGUCUCUCUGUAGUCUUGCAGCUUAUUAAAUUUUUCAUUAUGUUCUUGAAUAACCCUUUUAAUUUCUUCAACUGCUUUAUCUGUGUGUUCCUUGGCUUUUUGUGUGUAUUGCCUAAUUUUCUUCCUGAUGUCUUGAAGAGUUUUGUAUGUUAAUCUUUUGUGUUCUGCAUGCGGUAAUUCUAGAAGGCACCUUCAUUCAGAAGUUUCGUUGAUUCUUUCUUUUGAGAGCUUGUUGAGCUGACCAUGGUCUGUUUCUUUAUGUGACUUGAUAUUGACUGUUGUCUCCAAGCCAUCUAUAAGUUAUUGAAUUAGUUUAUGUUUGCUUACUGUGUCGUAGCUUCUUGAUUUGUUUUGGUUUGAUAUGCCCAAAUGGGUUGCUUGAGUGAGCUAGCUUGAUUAUUUUCACCUUUGGAGCUCUGACAUCCUGUCCGUAGAUGGCUAGAGCCGUUAUCAGGUAUAUCAGUCUAAGAGUCCAUUCACUUUUCUUGUCUGAAUUCAGCUCAGGUGUCAAGGUAGCUGCUCAUCAAGUGUGUGGUAUAGGCUCUGUGCUAUAGUCUUAGAAGGGCAGGGGUGAUUGGUAUAGGUACUGGCAUCUGGUUGAAGCAUCAGGUCAUGCUCUGAACAAGGCAUGGGUCUGAGAAAUCUUCCCACAAUUGUCUCUGAGGAAAUUGCGUCCCUCUUCCCUAGAGCGUACAGGUGGGUGGGUUCUUCAGGUGGACUAUGGGUACCUAGUGUUUCUGGUAGUAAGGACUGGGAGGUCCCAUUUAUCCUUGGACCCUUGUCAUGGGUAGGUGGGUGACAUGAGUGGAGCCAGUAGUUCUUAGGCCCCUGAUGUAGGUAGAUGAGGACCCUGUUUAACAGGCAAAGCAUUGACAAACAUCAAAUACCCACCUCUCCACCGCACAGCUGAAACAAUUGUAGUCUGCCAGCAAGGGCCUAUUCUCCUGAAAUAGGCCCACACAGGUCCAUGCAGUGGGGAAAGGUAUUCAGAGUCCAUGGACCGCUUAUGCCUGGACAAGAGCCGUUUUUGUCCCUAGCUCCCCUGGUUAGUGGAGCUGGGAAAUUAUCUUUUCCCCCAGUUGCAAAUCUAUUCCUUCUCCAAGGCCGGGAGGAUGGGUCCAUGAGCUCAACAGAGCCUAUCUCAGGCCCAGGGAAAUCAACAGCCUCUGAAGCCCGCUUGGGGGUGUAGGGGCACGGUAAAAUAUACACAAGUGCUUAGGUUUUGCCAAGAGCGCCGUUUUUCUCUGGUUCCAGAGGUGUGAGUAGGCUGUUCAGCUGGCUGCUUCUCCCCGAGGAAACUGCGGCCGAACAAUACUACCAGCCUGCCACAGCAUCUCCCGGGAAUGGUUCCUGAGGGAUCCCAGCUGCUUCUGGGAAUGGUGCCUUGGGGAUCCCAGUGAUUCAAUUUGAGCUGCGGUGCAACCCUGGGCAGUUUGCCUGUCGCAGUGGCGCCAUCCAGUGCAUCCCCCUCCCCUGGCAGUGUGACGGCUGGGCAACUUGUGAGGAUGAGAGCGAUGAAGCUGACUGUCCAGGCAGGUCCCAGAAGUUGCAAGAUAGCAGGGCCAGGACAGUGGUGAGGCAAGAGGGGCUCCGAGGACACAGGAGGAGGCACAGCCAACCCUGACUUACAUGACUCUGAGAGCGAGCGCCUCCCUAGAUGUUGGCCCCAUGCGCCUCUCUUGCCUCAUUCCAGGGCUGGUUGGUUGCUGGUACCUCUUGAGACUUCGCUGGCAUCAUGAAGAGUGUGUUAUUUUAAACACAGAAGUGACCGGGGAGGCACGUCCUUACCAUGGGAAGGAGGCUGUGGAUCCGCGGCCGGGGCGGGCCCGAGGAAGCGACCCCACACACUUCCAUGCGGUGAAUGUGGCACAGCCCGUUCGCUUCAGCAGUUUCCUAGGGAAGUGCCCGACUGGGUGGCACCAUUACGAAGGCACAGCCAGCUGCUACAGGGUCUACCUGAGUGGGGAGAACUACUGGGAUGCCGCGCAGACCUGCCAGCGGGUGAAUGGCUCCCUCGCCACCUUCUCCACUGACCAAGAGCUACGCUUUGUCCUGGCCCAGGAAUGGGACCAGCCAGAGCGGAGCUUCGGGUGGAAGGACCAGCACAAGUUGUGGGUUGGCUAUCAAUACGUCAUCACUGGCCGGAACCGCUCCUUAGAGGGUCACUGGGAAGUAGCGUUUAAAGGUUCUUCAGAGGUGUUCCUGCCUCCAGACCCCAUCUUUGCCUCUGCCAUGUCUGAAAAUGAAAAUGUGCUCUGUGCCCAGCUCCAGUGUUUCCACUUCCCCACUCUUCGACACCACGAUUUACACAGCUGGCAUGCUGAGAACUGCUAUGAGAAAUCUUCGUUUCUCUGUAAAAGAAGUCAGACAUGUGUUGACAUCAAGGACAACGUGGUAGAUGAAGGCUUUUCCUUCACCCCUAAAGGUGAUGACCUGUGCCUAAGCUGUACCUGCCAUGGUGGAGAGCCAGAGAUGUGCGUGGCUGCCCUCUGCGAGCGGCCGCAGGGCUGCCAGCAGUACCUCAAGGACCCCAAGGAGUGCUGCAAGUUCAUGUGUCUGGAUCCAGACGGCAGCAGCUUGUUCGACUCCAUGGCCAGCGGAAUGCGCCUGAUCGUCAGCUGCAUCUCCUCCUUCCUCAUCCUGUCGCUGCUGCUCUUCAUGGUCCAUCGGCUGCGCCAGAGGCGCCGCGAGCGCAUCGAGUCCUUGAUUGGGGCAAACUUACACCACUUCAACCUCGGCCGGAGGAUCCCUGGCUUCGACUAUGGCCCGGAUGGGUUUGGCACAGGGCUCACACCACUGCAUCUUUCAGACGAUGGGGAAGGUGGGACUUUCCACUUCCACGAUCCUCCACCGCCCUACACAGCUUAUAAGUACCCAGAUAUUGACCAGCCUGAUGACCCACCGCCGCCCUAUGAAGCCUCCAUAAACCCGGACAGCGUAUUCUUUGACCCUGCAGACGACGAUGCCUUUGAGCCAGCAGAAGCCAGCCCGCCAGUCCUGGGGGACAGCAGCAGUGAUGGAGCUUCACCCCGGCACCUGGAGCAGUCUCUGCCCUCUGUGGGGGCCCCUCUGGCAGACCUGGAAGACUCAGCCGACAGCAGCAGCGCUCUGCUGGUGCCCCCCAACCCCACCCAGAAUGAGUGCACUCCGAUGGCAGAGGCACUGCUGGGGGGCGGCCUGCACAGCCACAAUUCCCUCAACACCGUGGUGUAGAGGGCAGCCUAGCCGCCCCCGACGGCUGUGAGCAUCGUUUGCUGUCAAGAAAACACGAACCCCUGUGGGAGACUUGCAGGGCCCUUGGGCUUAGCCUGGACCCAGCUCCACUGCUGCCAUACCACCCAAAUGUGUACGUGCACCUGUAUGUACAUAGAGACUGGCCUUUCAGGGAGCAAGGACGUGCCACCAAGAGUCCUUGAGGGCUUCACAAACAUGCAUAGCUCUGGGUCGCUGUCUUUUUCUUUUUAAAUGGCAGAAGAAAGACAAAGUUUGCUCAAACCACAUGUUCCAGAGGUAGGGACAAAAGGCUGUUGGGGGUCGUCGCUCCGGGGCCAAAUCAAACUCGUCUUUGGUGAGCUUGCUUCUCCAGCGUGCUAUCAAGAGGAGCAGGUUACCAGCUGGGGGAGCCUCACAAGACACUGCUGGGCCCAGGGCAGCUCCAGGUGCUAGGGGUGGCUGCCAGCAUUGCUUGGGCAGUGGGUCUGCAUCAGGGCAGGCAGUCUUGGAGGGUGCUAACGAUGGCUGCUUGGGGGAUGGUCCGGUGACCCUGCCCUGGGCUAGAGGCUGGCCUGGGGAUCCAGUACCCAAGGCCCUGAGAAUGGAGCAUGGAAAGAGGGUGAAUUCUCUGCCUGCUCUCCUGGCAUUGCUGUGUCUCUCCCCUCCUCCUUCCCAGGCUCUGCAGUUUGGCUGAAGCCCUGGGCAGUGCUUGGGAGGUUCUGGUCCUAGACUCUCUGCUGGGGAUCAGGCCUGAGCCACUCCUAUCUGCUGCACCCUGGAGCCCUGCCUCCUGUUGGCUUGGUCCUGGGCCCAACUUCCCCCUACUCACCUUGUUUGUGCCAUAAAGGGUUGUGUCUUGGGAGGGUGGCUUAAACAGACAUCCUAGGCUGUUCCCAACUCCUGAAAGUCCCCUUGCACACCCCCACAACAGCUGGAGCCAAGUGCCUGGCGGUCACUUGUACAGACACCCCCAGCCUUCCUUGGCAGUACCAGGCGGUGGCCUGGGGGUCGGCUCUAGCAUUUCUGAGAUAGGAGAUGAAGUGUGUUCUGUGCGAUUUUUAGCACAUCCAUACCUUUUCUACGUUGAAUGUCUGGACCUUUUCUUUGUGUGCGCGCCUGUCUUGUGUGUAUGCGUGUUCAUACAGGUGGUGGUGGUAAACGGGAGCUUGGUUAGGGCCGCUCACAGUGGGUGUCACACCUACAUGGGCACUGGAACGGGGAGUCCACAGGACCCUUGUUCCUUAUUUCACUCACCAUCUUCCCAGACUGGUAUGAGCAGUGACAGGGAGCCUUCCCUGAAGUGUGUAGUCUGGGGAUCUGUGGUGACAGGCCUCCGUGGCACAGUCCAGUUCUAGGCACAUUCUCUCAAUCUGGAAUUAGCCACCAGUUUUCCUUCCUGUAUGGAAUGAGAGAAUGAUUCCAGAGAGCUGGCCUGUCCUUGUGCAGCCUACCAUCCUUGACACAAGCAGGCCCUGCCGAGCAGGCUUGUCCUUCACCCACGGGCUGAUCUGCGUUUGUGAAUUGUGCCCCGUACCCAUGCUGGCGCCAAAGACAGCAAGAACCCUGUGUGCUCUGUCAGGAAGCCGAGUUCCAGAGCAGUUGUCACAGUCUUGAUGUUGCCAAGCAAGGGUUCUGAGCGUGCCUGCCUUGGAGGGACCACCCAACAGCCCCACAGGGGCCUGGCCUGAACAGCACAGGGAGUCCCUGACCCAGACCUGACAGCCUUGUGCACAGGCACGGUGGCUUACCAGAGCUGUCAGACUGGAAAGCUUCCUUCUGAGACGGAAAGAUGUUGGCCACCUGGCUGUGUGGGAGUCAGUGAGGAAGGGGUGGCCUGUAGCAUGCCCUGGGGGUUUGGAGGUGGGCUUGCCUCUGCUGGGCUCCCUCCCAGAGUUACCAGUGUCUCCUUCCCCCUCGCCAGACCUCCCCUAGGUACUCAAACAACUAUUGGGUACCCGGUCAUCAGCACCUGGGGCUGUCCCAGAGCCGUGCCCUCUGCUGGAAGGCAGCUGUGAGGGGAGCAAGGAGAGCAUGGGGGUGUACCGUCUGCCCUUGCUUCUUCCCACCGGCCACCUCUUGCAAGAUAAGACUUUACUUCAGGGUCUGAUGAAUCCCCAAGGCCAGCCCUUGCUGAAACUUGUGUUCCUGUGAGUUGGAGGCCCCAGAGCCACUGCAUCUGAGACCAGGUGCUCUCUGACCUGCCUGUGGAUCUGGAAUUUGAUACUGUACAUUGUCUCUGCCUGUUCUGUAUGUUUUCCUUUCACUAAGGGUUUUUAGUUUGGGUUUAUUUUUGGUUGGGUUGGCACUAAUCCUUUUCUUAAGAUGAUACGAGAACCAUUUCAUCCAAAUGCCAAAUAAAUUUGUGUUCUGAAA